GUGUCCAAUCAGGCUCAUCCUUUAUAUAAGGUUAUUUUACCCGAAACCUUAGCCUCAGCUCUCUUCUUCUGUAAGUGAAAACCCUAGCCACUCUCCGCGCAGCUAGCUAAUGGGGGCUUACAAGUACGUGUCGGAGCUAUGGAGGAAGAAGCAGUCGGAUGUAAUGAGGUUUUUACAGAGGGUGAGGUGCUGGGAAUACCGUCAGCACCCAUCAAUUGUUAGGGUCAACCACCCUACUCGUCCUGACAAGGCACGCCGCUUGGGUUACAAGGCCAAGCAGGGUUAUGUAGUUUAUCGUGUCCGAGUUAGAAGGGGUGGUCGUAAGAGGCCUGUUCCCAAGGGUAUUGUCUAUGGUAAGCCCACAAACCAGGGUGUCACCCAAUUGAAGUUCCAGCGCAGCAAGCGGUCUGUUGCAGAGGAGCGUGCUGGUCGAAAGUUGGGUGGUCUCAGAGUUGUUAACUCAUACUGGAUCAAUGAGGAUUCUACUUACAAGUACUUUGAGGUUAUCCUGGUUGAUGUUGCACACAAUGCUAUCCACAAUGACCCAAGAAUUAACUGGAUCUGUAAUCCUGUUCACAAGCACAGGGAGCUUCGAGGACUCACAUCUGCUGGUAAGAAAAACAGGGGCCUGCAUGGAAAGGGUCACUUGCACCACAAGAAUCGGCCUUCUCGCAGGGCUACCUGGAAGAGAAACAACACCCUUUCCCUUCGUCGCUACCGCUGAUUUUAGUGGGUUUUUUGGACUUACUAAUGCUUCGCUUGUGGAUUUUGGAAUUCAUCAUCUUGAGUUUGAUAUUUUGGAGACCGAAAUUUUUUCAAGUUUAUUUAAGUUUGAAAAAUGGAAUCUUUUAAGUUUACAUCAAAUUUAUUUUUGUUUGAGACAUGAAUUUAUGAAUUUAUAACUACGUGCUUAUCAACUGCCUAGUUUGGUGGCCAUAUGUUCUCCUUUCUGA